CUUUUUGCGAUUUUGACGUACUGUCUCGUGGCCUUGACCGAUGUGUCGCCCGCUUCUGCCCAGAUGCUUAGACAGUACGAAGUGACACAGGUCAGCACUGGCAUCCACGACAACGGUUACGGGGCCAACGGUCGACCAGCUGCGCAGCUGGCCGCUGCCCCACCUCUGGCCGGUCUGACCAACGUCAGUUGUCGCGGGAGUGACGAUACAACACGAGGGGGAGGGCCCCGACAACACGUGUUCUACCUGAAAACUCACAAAACGGGAAGCACGACCAUGUACUCUAUUCUGGCCGAGUACUGCCGCUCAAGGGAACUCUUCCCUCUACUGCCAAGGGGCAACCACAUCAACCUGCACGGAACCUUCAAACCGUGGAUGCUGUCUCUUAUACCUGGUGUCAGCAAAUACGACAUGGUCUUCAAUCACCAUAUCUUCCAUCCGGAUAUAUUGAAGUACCUACACGACGACACCUUCAAAGUGACGACCGUCCGAGAGCCCCUCCAGCAGUUCACGUCUAGCUUCACGUUUUUCAGUCAAUUCGGGGAGGAUUUUCCUUAUCUGGCGAAAAUCCCAGGACCUGAUAAAAUCAGUACUUUUCUGUCGAAUCCAGAAAAAUAUGAAGGAAAGGGCACUGAAUCCUACACAAACAACAGGCAAUCAAUCGACCUUGGUUUUGACUACAGACAUUACAGGUUUAACGAUACUAACUAUAUCAAGAGUUUCGUUGCAAAUGUAGAGAAGUAUUUCGACCUUGUGCUCAUUACGGAUUACUUUGAUGAGUCAUUGGUGCUGUUGAAGCGCCUGCUCCGCUGGACAACACAAGAUAUCUUAUUCUUUAAGAAGCACAACCAAGGUCACCCUCGACUUUCUGUUUCCCCACAGCAAAUGGAGCAACACAAGCGACAUUCUAUGGCUGACAGAGCGCUCUACGACCAUUUCUUGCCCAUAUUUAAAGCUCUCGUAUCUAAACAUCCUGAUCUGAUGGGCGAAGUCGAAGAAUUCCGACAAGUUUUGGCUAAAGUUGGAGAGUUUUGUGGGUCCACCGACAGGAACUGGAAACAAUUGAUUAUUCUCGCUGGGAGAUGGACUGACCAAGUGUCAAUUUUACGUUCAAAGUGUAAAUGGCUUAAACUGGAUGAAGUUAGCUUUACAAAUCACCUAAAAGCAAAAGAAACGGAGCUGCUGAAGGAUGGAUGAAGAUACGUCGAAAUAAUAGUUAUAUGGAAUAUGCAUAAUAAUGAUAUACGUUAACAUGUUAACAUAUUCUCUUUAUGUGUGCCAUAUUAUGUUGUUGAUUAGGUCCUUGCCCAGAAUUGGCAUAUUGCUUUGUCAAAAGUUUUUAGUUAGUUUUGGUCAGAGUAAUUUUAUCGCUGGGAAACAUCCUCCAGGUUCCGUUUAACUUGCCCCUUUCUAAUUCCAAAUUCCUAAUCAUUAUUUCUUCAGGAUUAUUUCUGCUAGGAUUAACGGAUAGUCGUGCUUCUUCUCAUGAAACAUACUUAAUGAUUAAGCUCUUUUUCUGCUUUAAGAAGACUGGAAGCCGCCAGUAUAUACUAAUAUGUUAGGAGCAUGCUCACAAUUUUAUUAGCAGAGAGGAAAUAAAACACAAAUGCUCCAACUGGCACUGGCAGGAUGUAGGAGGUCUCAAAUCAGAACCAGAAGAAGAGACAAAUAAGAUUCUUUGGCCUUAUAAAAAGAUCAAAUUGACAUGAGAAACUGUUACUGUGUGGAAAGACAGAAAGUACGAAGAGCAGAGGAAGGCAGAGAACAACAUACACAUAAUGAUGGUCUGAGAAACUUUAUGACAAACAACACAA